AUUUUCUAUUGCAUAAAACGAUAUGUACGUCUUGGUUUUGAUGUAACAACUGGUGAAGAUAUAGAAAAAGCAAUACGAAACUUUAGAAUAUUCAAUUACUCUGAAUGGACUUUGCCAGUUGAGGGGCCACAUGCAGGAUUUAUAUGCUUAUGUCCAUUGCCUGGUUUUGGAAAACCUAAUUAUAUUUUAUCUACCCAAAUCUACAAACUACUUAAAUCAGAUAUUGAACAACCACAACCUGAAUAUUCUGAUCAUACU